UCCAUUUUAGGGCAAAUCAGCUUCUUUCUUGUCAUUCCUCAAGUGAUUAUCUCUCAUGACCUAGGGUUUCUCUUACUUGGUUUUUGGUUGCUCAAUCCAUAGCAGAGACAUAUAUGAUAAUCUUCUGCUCCAUAUUCCCUCUAAAGUUUGAAAUGAUGUGACUGAAGCUUGGAAGCAACAAUUAAGAGCUUGAGAACCAAUCAUGAGGUUGGAAGACUUCUUUACUUUGACUGAAAUGAAGGAUGGCCUUUCAAGCCUUUCUAGAGUUGAGGAACUGGUUUCUGUGAUGCAGCAGGAGAAAGACUCUGCUGUAAAUAAUUUCAGUGAUGCACCAAGGCAGUGGUCUAGCGUUGCAAGUAUCAUAGCAGCAACAGAAAGCCAUAAUUGUCUGAAUCAUUUCCUCCGUUUAGGUGGGUUGAAGUUCUUGGAUCAGUGGCUUCAGGAAACUCAUAGACAUAGUAAUGAUGAGAAUGAUGGUUCCAUUGAAGAAUCAGUGAGUGCCCUACUAGGGGCCCUUGGGAAGCUUCCUAUAGAUAGUGAAACGUCAGCCACUUCUGGAAUCGGGAUCACAGUUGAGUGUCUCCGUGGUCACAAAAGCUCGGUGAUCAAGCAGAGGGCAUUUAAAUUGCUUGAUAGUUGGAAGAGGGCGAGGGAUUUAGAUACAGUAGAAAAUCAAGUAGCCAUGGAUGGGAACUCAUGUCAGGAUGAAAAGCAUAAUAAACUUGUAACAAAGACAGGUGCCAACUUAUCAAAAAUAAGCACCGAUGGAGGAGAGAGCUCAACCCUUGAAUCUGCUAAACAGGAAUCUACUGGCCCCAAAAUCGAGAAAAUAGAUUGUGAAUUAGCCUCUGUGGUUUCCCAUUCAGGAGUCAUUUCCGAGGGAGCUGCUGCGUUGCCUGGUUUAGAUAAGUCUGGGAAAGUCCCUGAUGUUGCAAAUGUUGGUGAUCCAUGUCUACCAGGCUCUGCUGCUAUUGUAGAUCGUGGUUGUAGAAGCUUCCAAUCCAUUGAAGAAGCAUGUCUUGUAAAAGGCUGGACUAGUGCUGCUGGUUCUGGCCAACAGAGUGAAAGCAAUGUUCAUGAGAAGACUUCUAAUCAGGCAGAAUCAGGGGGUUAUGCAUCUGCUGGUUCAGGCCAUCUUUUGAAACUAAGAGAAAACAUAGUUCAUGAGAAGUCACCUAAGAAGGUAGAAUCAGGGGGGACUAAUUCUACCAGUUCAGGCAAUCCUCUGAAUCCAAAGGAAAAUAUUUUUCAUGAGAGGAGUCCUAAGAAGGCAGAAUCAGCUGAGAUUAAUUCUACUGGUUCAGGACUUCCUCUGAAAAUAACAGAAGACACUGUUCAUGAAAAAACUUCUGGCAAGGCAGAAUCAGGUGGGACUAAUUCUGCUGGUUCAGGCCUGCCUUUGAAGCCAAGAGAAAACAAUGCUCAUGAGAAGACUCCUAGUAAGGAAGAAUCGAGUGAUCUCGAUGGCAUUCUGAAGGACGCAAUGGAAGUGAAAAAGGAGGGUACUCCUUGCAAAGAUGUGCUGGCUCUGGGUUCCAAUAAUAAAGAAAAUUUUGGUGGUUCACUAUCAACUCGUGAGAGGUCGCAUACAGAAGUUGAUCUCUCAUGCAAUACUGAUACCAUUGAGAUGGAUUCUUCUGCAAAGGAGGUAAUGGCUGCUUCUCUUGGCACCCAAAUUGUUCGAAAGGAAAAUAAUGGAAGUGGGUCAUCUCUUUCUCAAAUGGAGAUGACUGAAAAUGUACGACCUGGUGAUCGGGCUACUGAAAGUAAGGGUGCGCAAGAAAAGCCAGGCUCUCUAGGUAAGACCUCCCAAGGUUCAGAAGUCUUCGGGUCAACUAAGAUCCUUAGAGGACCGAGCAGGGAAUCAAACCCGAGGUCGAAUAAGCGUCCCAAAAAGUUGAAACCAGACAUCAUUCAAAAGGAGUUAGAAGAAGAUAAGACUCGAACUGGGGUGUUUGAAAUGGAGCUCGACUAUGGGGUGGAUGAUGCACUAGAAGUGGCAAGGAAGGUUGCAAAAGAAGUGGAACGAGAAGUUGUAACUUAUAGAGAGCUCCCAUAUAGCUCAUCAUCUGAAAAGAAUGAGAUUGGUGAGACAAUGCAUCAAACCAGUAGUGCUGACUCGAAACAACAAAAGCAAGUAGAUCCAUCCUUUGAUGCAACCGAAUCAUCAUCAGCUAUGCUGGACGGUUCCUCCUCUCCCAAGUUAGAAGCAUCAGAUGCCAAACCCAAAGAUCAUGACUCCUCUCAAAGCCCCACUGAUACCUUACCAAACCAGGAAGCUGCAGACAAAAUUGAAGAGCAAAAAUGCGUAUUUGACCUGAAUGAGGUCAUCCACACUGAAGAGAACGAGUGGCUUACCAUCUCCACCGUCUCUGUGCCUAUUGCUGUGGUUCCCCCGAAGGGGCUUCCCAGCUUGGCCUCUGUCCCUUUACAGUUUGAAGGGGAGCGUGGAUGGAAGGGGACUGCUGCUACCAGUGCCUUCCGCCCUGCAUCGCCACGCAAGAAUCUUGAAAGUGAAAAGAUGGCUUCGACCAAUGAUGUAAAGCAACUAAAGUUUGACCUCAAUGUAGUGGAUGCAGAUGAGGAGAUUGGUGUUUAUGUUGGUGCCCAUGUCCCUGCAUCGUCGAGCUUCCGGUCCCCGGCAUCGUCAUCUGUGGAGGUGAGCUCUCGGAGGACGGAGGCGCUCAAGCUUGACCUCAACAGCGUUGAUGAAAAUGACGGCAGCUGCCCCCAGUCCCCAAUUUCUUCCUCUGUGAGGCAACGUGCCAUGAGAGACAUCGAUCUCAAUGACAACCCAUAUUUUGUUGAUCUGUCGAGCAAUGGUGGGCCAGUUGGGAAGCUUGAUGACCCCGUUGUCUCGAUCAUGGGGUCUGUGAUUUCUGGGGGUGGGAGAGUUGGCAGUCCUCCAAUGGCCCUGCCUUUCCCGCCACCACCGCCACCGGCACUUCAGUUUGGGUUCAAUGGGCUUACAAUGGGGCCCGCCAUAUCUAUACCUUCAGGCUUGUACCCACCUGGUCAUGUACCUUACAUGGUGGACUCAAGAGGGGCAGCAGUUAUUCCCCAAGUCAUAGGGUCAUCAAUGUCAAGGUCGCCACCUUUUUUUAUGAGUGUUGGGGGUGGCAUUGCAACAAAUGGGAUUGGUUUUGUUCGGCCGCCAAAUUUGGACUUGAACGUGAGGGGAGGAAUGGCAAGUGGAGGGGAGGUGGAGGGGCAAAGAGAGGGAGAGGGUGGCGGUUUGAGGCAGCUUUUUGGUCAGGGGCAGCAGGUGGACGAGCAGUUCAAGUCCUUCCAACCUGCCACAACGUCUGGGGCCUCUCUCAAAAGGAAGGAACCAGAUUGCGGCGGAUGGGAAUCUUAUACAGUUGGAUACAAGCAGGCUACUUCGUGGCAUUAGAUGAACAGACCAAUCUUUCCUUCAGCUUAAACACCCAAAAAUUUGUUUUGCAUUUCUUUUCUUUUUUAAAUUUCAUCUUUCUAUAGGGGGAAAAUGUUGGGUAGUAAGUAAAGGUAGGGAUGAGGCUCUUAUUGUUAUUCCCGGAAUAAGGUGGGGUUUGAUUGUUUCCGGUGUUUGGGCUCCUCUGACCACAGGUUUUAUUUGUUUCGAUGGAAGCAAUAGCACCCGGAAACGGGGUUCCUCUUUCUGUAAAUUUUACCCAUAAGGUAUCAUUCUAAAAAAUAUGAAAAGGAAUUCAGUUCUUAUGCUCUUGAAGAUA